AUGAGUAUGACCAAAGUGAACGUGUCGAAAGAAGACCUAGAAGAUCCGACGGUACCCUCGCAGGCUGUAACUCAUGACGACGUGUUUGGAGAAAUCUCUGACCGGGGUCCAAAUUAUCGAAAUGUAAGGGUCCUGGGAAUUAUCGCUCUCAUGAUGAAGACCCAGAUUGGACUUGGGGUUCUUUCCAUUCCAUCUGCCUUCAAUACCUCGGGCAUAGUGUCAUGA